AUGAACAACAAAAUAUCAUUUGCAAAGAAAACCCUAUCCAGUUCUUUGUCAGAAUUUAUUUCAACACUCAGUUACACAAUAAAUCAAACGAUCAACGAUCAUUCUCUUGUUGUUUCUUAUCCGUCUCGUUAUCGUCGUCAAACAACAUCGUUAUCAAACUUUUUAAAAAUUGUUGGUCCAAAAGAAAUUGUUCUUGCAUUUAUAGGCGAUAAUGUUUUGAUCGAUUUAAAUGAUCAAAUAUUUCCUACUGUUGACGAACUACCACCUCGUUAUCGUAUGAAAUUUGCAUGGUAUAACAGCACAAACAAUCUCGAAUAUCAAAUACUUAAUGGAUCAAUGACAUUAAUACCACUAAUUGAAAGUAACUAUACAGCCAUAUUUUCGAUUAGUAAAUCAGAAAGAAACAAUCAUAUAUUGGUACAUAUGAAAAAUGUUCGUCGAGAAGAUUCAUUGAGAAAAUUUAUGUUUUAUUAUUCAGAAACAAAUACUUCAACAUUAGAAAAACCUGGUGAACCACGACGAAUUAUUCUCAUGGAUUAUACAACAAACUUUUUUUCACCACAAAGCGUUUAUAUUAAUCAAAAUCUUUUGUUAAAUGUCACAAUUAUACUUUACGGUGGUCAUCAAACAAUGCAAGGUGAUGCAAAUAUCAAUAUUAACAUGAAUCAUAAGAAUAGUUCACCCGAAUGUGCGAGCAUACGACCAGUAGACACUCUGAUCAAAAACGAAUUUUAUGAUUCACAUCCAACUAAUCCAUUUACAUUACCAAUACAAACAAAAUAUUUUUAUUUCAGUUAUCCAAUUUAUAAUGGUGCUGGUAAUAUGUUACCUUGUUUCGAAAAUAUGGAUAUACAGAUAAAUAUCAUCGUACAACAUGCACCAAAGAAUUUGAAAACAAAAACAAUAAAUCUAAGACUUUUAAAUCGUCCCUUGUCAAUUUUUCAUUCAACAUGGACAAAUGGAUCAGUUUUUACAUAUGACUCAAAUUCAUUAACUAUUUGGCCGUGUGGCGGUAUUGGAAUGAAAAAUAUCACAUUUAAUUGGACAUUAACAACAUCAAACAAUUGUUUAAAUAAUAUCGUAUGGUCGGAUGUUGGAGAACAAUUAAUUGUUAAUACGAGUUCACUCAAUUCAUUAACAUCAUCGACGGCCACAUUUUGUUGUUUAGCAACAUAUUUAAAUCAAACGUUACUGAAUUAUUUUACGAUAAAUAUUCGAAAUAAUAAUACACAAGUGACUGGUACAUCGAAUUCUAAUCAAACUAGUGCAAUAGUGACAACAGGCACCACUUUAAUAACAAUCGUAACAUCUAGUGUACCAUUAAAUUUUGAUAGUAAUAAAAUACUACCACCAAAUUUAAAAAUAGCUACAAUUAUCGCUACCAUCUUGGCAAUGUUAGUGUUACUAGGAUUUUUAGUAUAUGCAACUUAUCGUCUAAGAUACGAAUUUGUUGAAAGAAAUUUAGAUCAUGAUGUUCUAUAUAUUCAUGAGUAUAUACAUAGUCAAGAUUGUGCAUUGUAUAAUACAAAUCCAAAUGAUAAUGUUGCCGUGUUACAAAUACAAAAUUCAUCAAAAUUAAUUCUAGAUAAAAUGGCCACGAGUACGAGUGUAUGA